AUGGGCCGGGCAGAAUGGGGAGGCGCGGAAGGGGAGGACGACGUCGGAAGUCCGGGGAGGGCGGAGGGGCCGACAGCGGAGGAGGCGGGGAAGCGGAGGGAGCGCAUGGGGGCGGAGGUGCGCAAGGCGGUGGCACAGCUGGACAAGGCGGAGCCCGCCGCCGUGAUCGACGGGCUGCAGCGCCUGCACGCGCGGAUCGCGAAGCACGGCGCGCGGGCCGUCGACGCGUACGUACGCGUGUCGCCGCCGGACUGGCUGCAGCUGCUCCGCCUGUGGGACGCCUGCCACCGCCGCGGCGCCUCGCACCAGUACCUCUUUCACUCCCCCCGGCUUUCGUGCCCUCACUCACAGUGUCCCUCUCUCCUUCCUCCUCGCGUCCCUCGUCGCGCCCGUCCGCAGGUGGCCGUGCCGCUGAUGGCGGUGCUGGCGGACAUCCUCGCCCUCGCCGCGCACACGCCGCGUCCUCUCCCCCACACACCCGCGCGCGCCCCUCCCUCCGUCCCUCCGCCCGUGCUGGGCGCGCCUCUGUCUCUCCCCCGCCGCAUAGAGGCGCUGGCGCGCGCCCUGGUGCCGCGGUGCUGCAGGAAGGGCGGCCUCUACACGCAUCUCUCCUCCCCUUCCCAUGCGCACGCCACCUCCGCCCUGCGCCUGCUGCUCGCGCUCUCCCUCAUCUCUCCCGCCCUCACGCGCUACCUCCUCCUCUCCUUCGACUUCUCCCUCCCCGCCCUCCCCGCCCUCACCCAGCCCCCCGCGCCCUCCCAGGCGCCGGGCAGCGGGGGAAGAGGGAGAGGCGAGAGUGGGAAGCACGUGGGCGCACAAGGGGGGGCAGCGGACGCCGUGUUCUGGUCAGGCACACCAGCGGUGGUCGUGGGGGGGGCGCAGGAGGAGCAGGGGGAGCAGGGGGAGGAGGGGGAGGAGGGGGAUAAGGGGGAGAAGGGGGCGGUAGGGGUGUUGCUGGGCAAGCAAGGGGUGGGGGCGUGCGCGGACGUGGGGGAGGUGCCAGCGCGCGUGCUGAUGGCGGAGUGGGUGGUGGCGUGCCUUGCUGUGGCGGACGCCGCCACUCUCACACAUGCCAUCGUGGCGCACAGGCACAACCUGGCCGGCAUUCUCUGGCGUCUAGCGGGCGACCAUUCCGUGACAGCUGGCAAGGUGUUGUGGGUGCUGCAUGCGCGGGUCAUGGCUGCCAGCAGCAAUGUGCCACGUGGCCUGCAGGGAGCUCUGGCUGGGACUGGAGGAGCGCACAGCACGCCGCCCCUGCCUGCACCCACCAAAGCGGCAUUCCGGGGAGACGAGUCCCCCUGCACCUUUCCGCUGCACAACCACCUGCUGCCGCUGCUGCUGCUGCGCCUCUCUCCCCCGCCCGCUGACCUCGCGCCUGACGUUGACUGGCUCUGCACCGCUGCCAUGCUCUCCUCGCAUGCAUUCCGUGCCCGCCAAUCAGAGGCUGCCAUGUGGCUGCGCUUCCUGCCCGCCAUGGCACCUGGCAGUGCUGGCAGCAGUGCGGCAGCAGCACGAGGGGUGGCGGCGUUUCUGGCGGAUGCCGUGGCGUGUGUGGCCCGCACGCCCCUCAAGAAUGCCCUCUCCCACUCGCUGCUCUGA